AUGGAACCAUUUAGGGAUCCCAGUGAACUAGAACAAUAUAGGAGAAAGCUGGGCUACAGAAAUGCCUUAGUUAAUAGGGCAAGCAAAAUCUGGAUUUUUUGGGAUGACGAUUAUGAAGGACAUAUUGUAGCAGACUCGGUUCAACAGCUAACAAUAAAAUUAACUAGGUACAACACUUUUGUAUUGGUUUUGGCAGUAUAUGCUAAAUGUAGCCAUGAGGAAAGAAUAGACCUAUGGGAAGAUUUACAACACAUAGCUGCCGACUCAGACAUUUCUUGGGUUAUAGGAAGAGAUUUCAAUGUGAUUCUGAGGGAAGAAGAUAAACUAGGAGGGUUAGCUUUUACUCAAUCUGAAGCAGCUGACUUUGCUCAUUUUAUAAACAAUUGCGGUUUGUCAGAACUAAAAUUCUCAGGAAGUUUGUUCACAUGGUGGAAUGGAGGAGUAGAAGAGGAAUGUAUAUUCAAGAGAUUGGAUAGGGUCCUGGUUAAUCAAAAAUUCCAAGACUUGUAUCCGUCUAGUGAAGUUCAUCAUCUUGUGAGACAGGGAUCAAAUCAUGCCCCACUACAUAUGCGCUAUAGUACUACUGAGGAAUCACAUAUCAGGCCCUUCAGAUUCCUACACUUCUGGACUAAACAUAGAGGCUUUGAGGAGGUGGUUCGACAGCACUAG